AUGAUCCCCCUUCAGAGCUCGCAACUCACUUCCUUCCAUAAUGAGGGCUGCUUCCCUCCAUCCAUAAAUGGUUCCUGUGGCAGGGUCCAUCUCUCUCUGGAGAACAAAGCACUGUGGGAGGAGUUCUACACACUUGGCACUGAAAUGAUCAUCACCAAAUCUGGCAGACGUAUGUUCCCACCUUGCAAAGUGAUUGUUUCCGGCCUGAACCCUCACUCUCUCUACCUGAUGCUGGUGGAUAUUGUACCUUUGGACAACACUCGGUAUAAAUGGCAUUGUGGCCACUGGGAGGCAGUUGGAAAAGCUGAUCCCCAUUUCCCCAGUCGCUUCUACCUCCAUCCAGAUUCUCCAGCUCCUGGCAGUCACUGGAUGAAAGAACCAGUCUCCUUCCAGAGACUCAAGAUCACCAACAAUACUCUGGAGCAGUGUGAACAUAUUAUAUUGCAUUCAAUGCACAAAUACCAACCACGAUUCCAUGUGGUGCUGACCAGCGCACAUACACUCACUCUGCCCUGGAAUGCUGUGGCCACAUUUGUGUUCCCAGAAACAACUUUUAUGGCUGUGACAGCCUAUCAGAAUUCCAAGGUUACCCAGCUGAAGAUUGAUAACAAUCCAUUUGCAAAGGGGUUCCGAGAGAAUGGCCUCAGCUCUAAGAAGAACCGAGGGAAAAAUGUUCAAGGUACUGAAAUGGUCAAGCAAGCAAGUGCUGAGGAGACAGGCUGUGACCCCCUCACUGAAGAUAUUGCAGCCUUUAAAGUGCUGGUCAGUUAA